GAAAAAGCGCGAUAAAUGACCAACGGCAGCCGGUCGGCGCCGAAAUGACAUGCAGUGUGACAGGCCAUUGUCUUACCCGAGUCGCGGUGGCGAAUCCAUCGGCGGAAAUAGCGCGGUUCGGCUGAAAAGGUGGCUUAAAAGCGGGUGGCGCAUUUGGCUUUCAUGGCUUAUACGUCAAUAAGAUUUUCAGCGAAAAAAACAAAAAACCUCCUUGCGUCGAGGACGCGAGUCAAUCAGAGGAUAACGUCAGCGCUCGGCCAGGCCGGAAGUGGGGAGGCCGCCUGAUUGUUGCAACAAUGGAAAGUGGCGGGUUGCCGCCAGGUACGAGGAGAGGAGUCGCGCCUCGCGCUGGGCCAAACCCAUUUCCCUACAACAACCAUUGAAAGCAACCAGCAAGUCGGCGCUUCGUGAAAAAGAAGAAGAGACUCGCUCGCGGUGUCGCAUGUUUCCAUGUAGCCCCAGUUAAAAAGUGCGUUGCUUUUUGUUUUGUUCGUGGAUUGCGAAUUCGCUGCAGCAGUCGGUGCGUUAGGAAAGUGAUUUGGGCCGGGCGCUAAGAUGGAAAAGAGGAUAGAUCUCGAGAAACGUGGAAGGUCCGCAGACCAGAUCACCGAGUUGAACCUGGACAACUGCAGGAGCACCAGCAUCGAGGGUCUCACUGACGAGUUCUGCACGCUCGAGAAGCUCAGCCUCAUCAAUGUCGGGCUAACUAGCCUCAAAGGCUUCCCCAAGCUUGCCAAACUCAAGAGGCUGGAGCUGAGCGACAACAGAAUAUCUGGUGGUCUCAACUUCUUGCAGGGGUGCCCCAGCCUUACUCAUCUCAACCUCAGUGGGAACAAAAUCAAAGAUCUGGAGGCACUUGAUGCCUUGAAGGCCUUCUUGAACCUGAGAAGUUUGGAUUUGUUCAACAAUGAGGCGACCACAAUUGAGAACUACAAAGAGAAGGUUUUCAAUCUGUUGCCCAACCUGAAGUACCUUGAUGGCUUCGACUUGGAUGACCGCGAGGCUGAGGAGAGUGAGGCUGACGAUGAUGACGGGAUCAAUGGCAAGAAGGACGAAUCAGACUCUGACGUUGAUGCCGAAGAUGAUCAAAAAUCUGCAGAGGAUGAUGAUUCCGAUCAGGACGAUGAUGUCUCUGGCUCGGGAGGUGCAGAUGAGGAUGACUCGCUGGAUGACUUGGACGACGAAGAUGAAGACGUCGAUGAUGAGGAGGAGGAAGGCGCUAAGCUUGCCGACCUUUACAAAUCAAACCUUGAUGAGGAAGAGAGCAAUGAUGAAGAGUGGAAUGGGGACAGCAAGUUGGAGAGCAGUGCUGAUGUUGACGAUGAUAUUGAAUCAAGUGAGGAUGACGAAGAGGAGAAAGCCAGCAAAGGCAAAGGGGAUUCAACUCAGGACACCAGCAACGGAGCCCUUCCCGACAGUGAGGGUCGGGGAAAGAAAAGAAAGUUGGAGGACUCUUCAUAAAUCAGAUCGUUUUGCAUCAACUCUAGAAUUAUAUUUAAGUACAACUUCAUUCCCAUGCAUAGACAUAAACUUGGCUCUGUUGGACACAACUUGGUACAAAAGUUAAUUUGAAAAUUCUCACAAGCAGAUGCACACAGAUUUUGCAAGGUCCACGUUUUUCAGCCAUCACAGACAAACAAUGCUUGUAUUAUCUGAACGGCCAGCAGUUGCUGCACCAAAUCAGUUUAUCUCUUUCAACGCGUUAAUGUAGCUGGGUUUUUGUCUGGAUUUCUGGGGCCACAGACUGGUUGCUAUCUAUUUUCUAAAUUUCCCACCCGCGAGCGCAAUGUGCCUUAAAUGUCAAUGAACGGCGCAUUUUCCAAUUGGUUUGCCGAUGAGAAUCGAACAAGAUCGGUGGAGUGUUUACAAGGCAGCAGAUUUCAUCGGAUUAUUUGUAGAUUUGCGACUUUUGUUGUCUCAAAGCAUGAGUUUUAGUAGCUCUUGAAACAAGGCAAGUACUUGACUAAAGACAUUGAUGUAGCAAACCAAGCCCACAAAUUUACAUAAAAAAACGUCUAUAGAUAAAGGGUUACUUGUAAAAUUGUGCAUCAAGUUGAAUUUUGUACAGAUAAGGUCAUACCAAUCCCCUGUUAUUAGUCGUUGUGUUUGUAAACUUUAAAGCAAAAUCAUAAAAAAGAGACUCGAGGGCCCUUGCCAGUGCGCAAGAGUGACCCUCCACCCUUGAAUCCUACUUUCGUGAAACAUGUUAAAUAUUAUAAAGAAUUUGACUAACAAUCGCGCGAUUUAAAUACAUAGUC